ACCCACACUGCCCGAUAACUAUUCCGAGGACACGUAUGUGAAGCUCGAGGAGGCCGUUAUCGCCAUACAACUGUCGAGCUGACCGAACAGCAUGUGAAGCGCAAUAUCAAGCUGAAGGAGCUCACUGGGGGCAGCAUGGACAAGCUGGUGCUGCUGGAGACCGAGGAGCGUGUAUUCCAGGACCGUCAAUACCAGAUAGAUGCGGCCAUUGUGCGCAUCAUGAAGAUGCGUAAAACGUUAAGCCACAAUCUACUCAUCACCGAGCUGUUCAAUCAGCUAACCUUCCCCGUCAAGCCCGCUGAUUUAAAGAAACGCAUUGAGUCGCUCAUCGAUCGAGACUACAUGGAGCGCGACAAGGAUAAUCAGAACCAGUACAACUACGUGGCAUAACUUUUCUGGGAACGGCGAACAGAGAACACUGAUUUGAUUGUAACAUCCAUAUUUCUAUUUACCAUAUGCAUACAUACUAAAAGUCCAUUGAAUAUUUCGUGUGGUGUGUUUCUUUGCCUGUCCGGCGUUGAUUAGAGCGGCAGCCAGCCGCAUAACUAUAAUAAUGAUAUGUAGCCUCUAUGUAGUGCAGUGCCGUUGCUACAGAUUCUUUUUGUAAGUUACCUUAUCCAUUCAAUAAACUAAGCGUUUUAUUUACAAAUCAA